AUGACUUAUUUUGUGAUUUUUCUUGGGAUUUGUUUUAUGUUAGGGGUUUUAGCUGUAGCGUCUAAUCCCUCUCCGUAUUAUGGUGUGUUGGGAUUAGUGCUAGCAUCUGUAGUUGGGUGUGGGUGGUUGGUGAGUUUGGGUGUUUCUUUUAUUUCUUUGGUGUUAUUUAUAGUAUAUUUAGGGGGUAUGUUGGUGGUUUUUGUCUAUUCUGUAUCUUUAGCGGCAGAUCCGUAUCCUCAGGCUUGGGGGGAUUGACGGGUAGUUGGUUAUGGGUUAGGGUUUGUUUUGGUGGUUUGUGUGGGGGUGUUUUUAGCAGGGUUUGUUGAUUUUUGGAAGGUUAUAGUGGUUACUGUUGAUAGUGGGGGGAUGUCUUUAGUUCGGCUGGAUUUUAGUGGGGUGGCGAUGUUUUAUUCAUGUGGGGCUGGGUUGUUUUUGGUGGCAGGUUGGGGUUUGUUGUUGGUGUUGUUUGUUGUGUUGGAGCUUGUGCGUGGAUUGUCUCGGGGGGCGAUUCGGGCGGUUUAG